AACACGAUAAACAGAGUUUAGGAAUUAGAGGUGUAUGGAAUUUGUUCUAUGCAAAUUGGUUUGCCCUACAAACUGUGUGCAACCCUAAAAAUUAAGCCCAAUUUAAGCCACUGGAUCGAGUGACGAAACGUUAACGAAAUUCGAACGUCAACUUUAUUGCGAGAGAAACAAUAUAAAUCGUUUGAAUUUGAAUCAUAUCCAAACAAACGAAUGCCGAUAUUAAUAUUUGCUAAUGGCUACAUAAUACAAAGUGUACUAGCGAUCGGUCGGUUACGCCACACACGGCGGUUCAACAGUGGAAUCGCGGGCGGUUAAAGAAAAAUUAAAAAUUAUAUUACUUUAACCGCACAUUUGUGUUAGCGUAUAACCGCCCGAACGAUGAAAACAUAUUCAAAACGGAUAAUUUUCAACGAGUCCCGAUCGCAUCACAUGUGGUCGUCGAUUCGAUUUUGUUUUCGAAUGAUAUUUUUUAUUUAGAAAGAAAAAAAAAAGAAAAUAAUAAUAAUGACUGGAUUCCGCAGAGCGCAGACUCGUCGCGCGGACGUGAGCGACGGACACCGAAACGCGGUGAACGGACGUCACCAGCAGCAAUCGGCGACGGACGGUGGUGACGACGGUGAGUGCGCCAGGGACCACGUGUGCUCGAGGUGCGCGACCUCGUUCCCGACCGAACGGUUCCUGGCGCAGCACUUGGCGCCGGACCGGAAGAGGUGCCGGGUGUGCUGCAAACGGUUCCGGAACACCAGCAACGUGGUCAGCCACGAGCGCGUGCACACCGGCGAGAAACCGUACGCGUGCCCGGUGUGCCGGAAGGCGUUCGCCCAGAUGGGCAACCUGCGCACGCACCAGCGGAGCCACGCGAGCGACAGGCCGUACGCGUGCGACGUGUGCCACCGCAGGUUCGUGCAGAAGGGCAACCUGACCAAGCACAGCAGCACGCACAGCCGCGACAAGCCGUACGCGUGCGACGUGUGCCCGAAGUCGUAUUGCCAACGGUACCAGCUCGUCAGGCACCAGCUCAAACACUGAUCUCUUUUCUCCGCGCACCGGGACAAUGUGUGUGUGUGUGUGUGCGUGCGAUU